GCCCUCCUCAACAUGGCGGCCCAGAUGAGCCGCAGGUUUUGACCUUCUCCAGGAGGCGGCCACUGGACAUGGUGCUACCCAGCAGCCGGCUCAGGGUCUGCUGUUCGGCCGGGUGGCGGUGGCUCCAGGCCCGAGGCCUUGGUGGCGCCGAAGCCCAGGAUCCUGGCCCGGUUUUCCGCUACAUGGGGAAGGGCCGCAGGAGGAGUCGCUUGUUUGUCUGGGGAUUCGCUCACACCGGGGCUCUGGGUCUCCCCCAGCUGCUCCUGCCCCGCAGCGGCAGACAGAAACCCCGGCAAAUACAACUGAGACCAUGCCGGCUGGAGCUGGAGGAGCGGGACUUGGGGAAGGACCUGAGUCUGAGGAGAGGUUUUCUCCAACAAAGAUUCAUUUUAACUUUGACGCCCACCUCCAACAUGAUGGAAAUCACAGCACCUGCUCCGUAUGGAGAGGCAUCAUAUGCUAGCUUAGUCUGUUUUGGCCACAUUAUCUCAUCUGCUGCCUGUGGUUAUGGAUUCACUUUGCUGGCUUCACAAACCCGUGACAUUACUAAGGUGUGGGGAAUGGGCUUGAACAAAGAUUCCCAGAUUGGAUUUCAUCGGAGCCGGGGGGACAGGACGAAGAGUUAUGAAUUUGUCCUGGAACCAUCGCCAGUUCCGUUACCUCUGGAGAAGCCUCAGGAGACUCGUGUGGUCCAGGUGUCCUGUGGGAGAGCACACUCGCUACUGCUGACUGAUAAUGAGGGAGUUUUCAGUAUGGGAAACAAUGCCUAUGGCCAGUGUGGAAGAAGGAUCGUGGACGGUGAAAUUUAUAGUGGCAGCCAAAUUAUUCACAAGAUUGAAGAUUUAGAUAAAAAUGUUGUUGAGGUUACAUGUGGGCAGGAUCACAGCCUCUUCAGAACCAAGAAGGGUGAGAUCUAUUCUUGUGGAUGGGGAGCUGACGGUCAAACAGGUCUUAGUCACUAUGGUAUCAGUUGUAAACCAACCAGGCUGGCGGGGGAUGUCGCCGGAGUCAAUAUUAUACAGACAGCAACAUAUGGAGACUUCUGCUUAGCCGUAUCAGAGGAUGGGGAUCUUUUUGGCUGGGGCAACUCUGAGUAUCUUCAGCUUUCUGCAGUUACUGAGGUUACACAGGUGAAUGUUCCGAAGCAUCUCCCGUUUAAAGGAGUUGGAAAGAUAAAGCAGGCAGCGUGUGGUGGGACUCAUGCUGCAAUCCUUAACAGGGAAGGCAAUGUGUUUGUCUGGGGCUAUGGAAUUCUAGGAAAAGGCUGUAAUCUUUCUGAAUCCAGAGUGCCGGAGAUGAUCCCAUCAACGCUGUUUGGCUGGUCUGAGUUCACACCCCAGGUUCGAGUUGACCGUAUUCGUUGUGGCCUCAACCAUUUUGCUGCCAUCACCAAUCGUGGCGAGCUCUUUGUAUGGGGUAAGAAUCUCCGAGGUUGCCUUGGCAUUGGGACCCUAAAUGAUCAGUACUUUCCCUGGCGGGUGGCAGUAGCAGGCGAUGUGAUGGACGUGGCUUGUGGGGUGGACCACAUGGUGGCUCUUACAAGAUCAUUCAUCUGAACCGACACUCACUCAGCAUAAUGAGAGAUUAGAACAUGAAUUUGCUGAUUCUGGAUAAUAACAACUGCUAACAGUUCCAAGUUUCCUUCCAGCAACCAUAGAAUGUCUAUGCAGAAGAUUUCUCUUUUUGUAUCGCAGUGUGGGUCUGCUCUGAACUGAUUAGUCCAGUAAGACCUCUUAUUGAUCAUGUUCACUGAUUGAAGCAGCUUUUGUUCAUUGUAUACUGACCUUUGAAAUAAGCUUUCCUUUUUAAAUUGUUCUGCUUUCCUUCCUUUCACCGACCUAUUACUUUAUCUCUCUCUCUCUCCAUCUGGCUUUCUUUCUCUUUCUAUCUUUGUUGAACUCUUGAUAGCUCUCCAUUUUCUCAUUGUCUGUGACUCAGUUAUGACCUUUAAUGUAAAGGUUCUUUCAGAUCCACAAUGUUAUCUCAAUCUGAGAUAUUUACCUGACUAAUCAUACUGAUGAACUUGCUUCAUUUUAUUUUGGGAAAGGAAUAUUCUGGUGCUAAAGGCCUUUGCUGAUUUUUUUCUCUGUGUGAUAUUGUUAUAACUACCAUUACCUUCCCCAAUCUCCCAUUACCUGUCAGAAUAUUUGUUCAUUUUCUCAUUCUGCCUUUUCAUAUAAAACUAUUUUCUGUAUUUCCAAUGACCACCAUCGAUAGUCCUUUGAAAUCCCCGUGUAUUACUGUAUCUAGGAUACCACAUAAUGUAACAUGCUGUGUGAUGUCACAAUACUGGUGGUGCCUGGGGGCAAUGAACAGUAUAACUCCCAUCCAAUAAUACAGGUGUAAGAGGUGUAUAAAUUUGCUGGCAAUUGACUUUCUGCAGUGAGACAGGAAACCUUGAACUCAACGUGUGAAAGGUAAUCCAGGAAUUGCAAAAUUCCAGAUUCAUGUGCGAAAAGAAAUGAAGGAAAAGAUCAUUCAGUCAAUGGAACCCAUUCCAUGGACCAUAUGGAAUCUGAUGAAUUCCAAACUGCCAUUCCCACCAUAGUAAUACGAAUUAGGAGCAGGAGUAGGCCACUCAGCCCCUCAAGCCUGCUGCCACUGUGAUUGCUGUUUCAAUGAAUAGAUACUAGAGUUUGAAUCCUAGUUUCACUGACCUCUUUCUGCAAAGACUUUCCCUGGGGAACUGGUUGGAGAGAGACAUUGAUGGAACUUUUUGACAAGUGUUAGGGGACAUUCACACUGCCUGAGCCAGAGACAGUCAUGUGGAUACAAAGCCGGAAGUGAACUAUUGAGGAGGAACGAACUGGUGUCUGCACGCUGACUUUCCUUCCUGUGGUUUACAGCAGGUAGCAGGUUUGAAGAGGUGAAUGCAGUGUGCCGUACAAAACAACAGUAAACAUGGAGGAGCUCAGCUCAGAUGUGGUGGAAACCCAUAGCUUUUUUUUUCUGGUUUCUGCAGCUGCUAUUAUCAGAGAGACGUGGGAAAAAAUGGCAUGAUUUUCUUGCUAAUAAACCAAUUGAAAAAGAUAUGUGAAAAUGUAUGUGAUAAAUUUGAUUGAGUUUGAGGUUCUGACAAUGCCUGGACCAGCCUGUGGGACUUAGAACUGUGGAGGGAGAAGAAAAUACAGGCAAGAUAAUAGCUCCCCAGCAGGGAGCUGGCAAGCACAGUUGUGUGGGCGAAGGCUGUACUGUCAGGCAAUCUUAGCAAGGAUAUGGAGAUGUGAUUGGAAGCUCAUCUUGGGGUCAAGUACAGCAUUCUAGAUGGUUACCAGGGAAAGGGAUGGAGUUGUUAGCUAGGGAACUUGUGACUAGACUGAAGAUGAUGGCUUCAGUCUUCCCAAUAUUUAACUGGAAGAAAUUUCUGUUUGUCAAUUGUAAAGGACUUUAGUCCAUCCUGAGGAUGUGAAAGGCACUAAAAAUAAAUGUUCUUUUUUCUUA